GCAUCAACGACACUCUGUCCACCAUGCCUGGCCAGGAUGAUGACCUCCUCGCCAGGCUGAAUGCACUCAAGCCGUCGUCGGUGAAGCUGGAUCCUGGUGAUCCAAUCAUCGACAUACAAUCCAGCGCCCCUCAGUCUGUAGAGGACAAACUUGCAGAGAGACUAAAAACACUGCGAGCUGGAGGCAGUCUCACACCUACCGGGAAUGUCAAGUCGACGAACAGACAAACCUCUGCAGUUGCUGAAACAACCGAGAGGAAGUUGCACGAUGAACCAGACACCGAGAAGGAUCCCAUCCGGAAUUGGCAGGACGACAGCCACGAGCAGAGUGUAGAUGACCUCCUGGCUGAACUUGAAGCAGAUGGACAGUGGAAACUUGAUCCUGAAGAGCCCAAGAAUGUGCAGUCUCUGCUCAAGGAAGCACAGGAGUCGCUCUCCAUGACUGCUGAGCCACUUUCCGGUCCUCAAGAUGAGCACCAGAUCGAUGACAAGGUCACCUCGCCUGCAGAGGAUGACGAUAAUGCCGCUCCGCGAAAGAACGAGGAUGAGCAAGAUGAAGAGGAUGCCGACGAAUAUAUCGCGCGAGUAUUGGCUGAGCUCGACAUCGAGAAGAAAUACGGCGAGGCUGUGAACGAUACGGAGCCCAGCGACCACAAUACUUCCGGCGAAGGUGGCAAUACGCUCGACUUACCGUCUACGCCAUCCCAGCUCAAGGAUGUGCCUGUCUCUUCUGAGCAUGAACCACCCUCAUACGAGGACAGCGAGCUGGAAGCACGAUUCUCCAAGCUCGGCUUCGAUAGCCUUGGUCUGCCUUCUACGCCGACCUCUAAGCCAUCAUCAAAGCCGAAAGUCGUCGCCUCAGUCAAGCCCCAGACCAAGUCGAGUCUUCCAACGUAUACAGAUGAGGAUAUCGACUCCUGGUGUUGCAUUUGCAACGAAGAUGGUGAAGUUCGGUGUCUCGGCUGCGAUGGCGACUUGUACUGUCAUGCUUGCUGGUCAGACGGCCACGGAACAGGACCUGGCCAAGAAAGAGGUCAUAAGGCUGUACAAUAUAGCCGCAAGCCUCCGAAAGCUGCUGCCGCAUGA